AUGAAGUCUAUUUCGGUGGCCUUUUUGGCCUUGGUUUGUUUCAGGGCCUGCCCAACCCGAGCUGUUAAUACAACAAAAUUCAAACCAUUCUCGUCCGUGGUGAUCUUCGGUGAUAGUUAUACCGACCAAGGAGUGUCUCAGUAUAGACCCGGGUCUAACGGAGCGGUUGGACAACCGGGAACCGUCUUGUCAACCGGAGGUCGUGUUUGGCCUGAGUAUGUGAAUCAAUACUCUGGAGUGAAAGUCUACGACUACGCGCGAUCUGGAUCAGUAUGCGACUCAGCCUUCUCUUCAAAGGCACGGCGUGGAGUAAAACAGGAUCAAAUCCCGACUUUUCUUGCCGAUAAUGAAUAUGUCAACAACAGCACAGGUCAAAGGGUACUUGAUAACCCUAGCGCUGAGACUGUUUAUGCAAUCUGGAUAGGCACAAAUGAUCUUGGAAACGGCAUCUUUCUCACCGAGGAACAGCCAAAGGGAAUGCCCCUCACUAAUUAUACCGAUUGUGUUUUCGAGCAACUCGAUCGCCUAUAUGACAUUGGCGCACGGAGAUUUGUCAUUAUGAACAUUGCACCCUUGGAUUUGAGCCCCCAAUACGCUCUUCCGGAGAACGCUGGAGUGACUGCUUCUAGAUAUUGGAAAGACAAAACACAGUACAAUUCAAACCUUACGCAAAUCAGUGAGAAAAUGCGGCAAUACAGCACAUUGGUCAACUCAAUAUACGAGUUUCAAGUCCCUUAUCAGGUCAAAAUUACAAGACGGUAUUCGAAGAGCCAAUUCGCUCUCUUUGACGUCCAUUCACUGAUGUCCGAUAUCUGGAAUCGUCCGUCUGUUUAUCUAAACGGGACUGUGCCGCUCAACGUUACCAGCUACGCCGCCGAGUGUCCGACGUCCAUUUGUACCUCGAAGUCGGCGUGGGAUAGUUACAUGUGGUAUGAUGAACUACAUCCUUCUGAACAAACAGAUCGUAUUAUUGCAAGGGAGUUUCUGGGAGUUCUCAAGGGAGGAAGUAAGUGGGCGACAUAUUGGCAAGGCUCCUAG